CGUGCAUCGACGCGACCCGUCAGGUGGCGCGCCUUUGAGAUUUGAGUUCCAUUGAUUUUCCAUAUCGAUUGCGACCAUCUGCUGCACUAACCACACUCGCGUUGCUUCCUGUCCUUCCCCUCCGUCAUUUCUUGAACAAUUACAGCGUUUGGUGACCAUCUCUUGUUUUUUGCAUACCCUUUCUUGUUAACUUUCAUUGUCUUUACCAAACCGUCCUCCUCGAGUCCCAAGAUGCCUCCACGCAAGAAGGAAACCGUCAUGAGCGAGUUCGAGCGCAAGCGCCUCGAGAACAUUGCCUACAACAAUGCCAUCCUUAGCGGCAUUAGUACCACGGCAGACAAGAUUAUCCCGAAGCCAGCGCCCCCCAAACCCAAACGCGCCAGCACCCCUCGAGUCAAGCGUGAACCUGUCAAGAAGGAAGCAGCCCGUCCCACGCGCCAGAGCAGUCGCCUCGCCGGUCUCGAAGCGGAUUCCGCAGUUCUCAAGCGCAAACUAGAUAUCGAGGCUGAGGAGGAAGCGGCAAAGGCCAAGGCAAAGAAGAUGCGCGUCAGCGGUGACUUGAACCUCGGCGAUAUCACGGUCGAAGGUCGCAAAUGGGAAAGCAGUGCCGACGGUCUAGCGCUUCUGAAGGGUCUCGGUGUACGAGGGGCUCAACCUGGCGUGAGGACGUUUACAGAAAAGGAUGUCAAGCAUACCAAGGACAAGGGGUUGAAGGACCUGCGGUUGCGCAUGAGCGGACUCAAGUUGUACGAGAAGUGGGCAGUCAAUGACAUUAAAAUUGUACCCCAGCGCAUCUACUCCAUGUGCUUCCACCCCACGGAAGAAAAGCCUAUCAUUUUCGCUGGCGAUAAAGAAGGCGCCAUGGGCGUGUUCGACGCCUCCCAACCCACGCCCAAAAUUGAGGACGACGAUGAAGAUGCCGAAUACCCAGAUCCCAUCAUAUCCGCCUUCAAAACCCACUCCCGCACUAUCUCUUCGUUUCACUUCUCUCCCACCGACGCCAAUGCCAUCUACUCGGCCUCGUAUGACUCUUCGAUUCGCAAACUGGACUUGGACAAGGGCAUUUCAACCGAAAUCUUUGCCCCGUCCUCUUCGUCCGAGGAUCUCCCCAUCUCCGCCAUCGACAUCCCGACCACCGAUCCAAACAUGAUCAUCUUCUCCACCUUGCACGGCUCGCUAGGUCGACAAGACCAGCGCACCAAACCUUCCUCGGCCGAAAUUUGGGGCUUAACUGACCACAAGAUUGGAGGUUUCUCCCUGCACCCUCGGCACCCCUACCUUGUCGCGACCGCCUCGCUCGACCGCACCCUCAAGAUUUGGGACUUGCGCAAGAUCACAGGCAAGGGGGAUCUCCGCCACCCUGCCCUUCUAGGGGAACAUGAAUCCCGCCUUUCCGUUUCGCAUGCUUCCUGGUCUUCGUCAGGACAAAUUGCCACUUCUUCGUACGACGACCGCAUCAAGAUCUACAGCUUCCCCUCGGCUGGCGAGUGGAAAGCUGGGCACGACAUACCGGCAAAGGAAAUGCAACCGACGGUUGAGAUACCGCAUAACAACCAGACAGGAAGAUGGGUGACGAUUUUGAAGCCGCAGUGGCAACGGAAUCCACAAGACGGGUGGCAGAAGUUUGCCAUUGGAAACAUGAACCGGUUUGUGGACGUUUAUGCAGAGGACGGAGAACAGUUGGCGCAGCUGGGAGGGGAUGGGAUCACUGCGGUGCCGGCGGUUGCCCACUUUCACCCAACCAAGGACUGGGUGGCCGGCGGGACGGCGAGUGGGAAAUUGUGUUUAUGGAUGUAGUGGUGGCAGUGUUCAUGUGUCUGGAUAGCUGGGUGUUCCUAGUGGUAUUUCUUGAUUUUGUUGUACGGGGUAUGUUCUGGGACGAAGGAGUUUCUACGAUGAUACCAUGUUUGGAUGACUUGAUGUUGGUGUCAAUAGCCUCAUAACGAUGUUUGGCUUUCGCCUUACCAUGGCAUUUAUUCUGUCCUUGCGCACGCGAAGCCAUAUGGUCUUGGAUGUGUUAUUCGUUCUUUUAUUUCCCCC